CUACUUCCUGCAACUCUUACUACCCGAGUGCACAAUUACAGUCUACGGUCCAUCAAACGGAUUUCGGUUGCUGCUCGACUGUGCUUCAGUUUCAGUGGAGAAUAGUUUUGAGUCAGUAUUUGUGAGCUGGUGGCCAUGGCCAUACAUGCAGCAGCUUUGGCUCUGUUCACCCUGGUCAGUGUGUGGACAUUGGGCUCGGCUGCGAACUCCUCGGUAACACUGUGGAAUUCUGUGUUACCUAUUGCUGUCCUUCCUGAUACCUUGCGUCAACUUGUUUCCCCUUUGGAAGAUUCUCCAAUUGCUACAAGAUUCGCUAAUGCAGUCUCCCGGGGUGCGGUGUUCCCAGAAGUGAGCGCUGAAUUUUGCAAUGCAGCAAGUCUGGUCUGUGAUAGCCAUGUCCAAAUUGCUUCUUAUGGUCUCGAGAGGGUCGAAGCUGCUCCCCGAGCUUCCGCUAUCAAGACCAUCAACGAUUUCCAGUUCGAUUUCUUCCUUGAGAAAAACCUCUUCGUUGGCGGCGAGAUGCAACUAUCAGAAAAUCUCCAUGACCCAAUCCCCGCACGCCCCUUCCUUCCCCGCGUUGUUGCCGACAGUCUACCUUCUCUAACAACGGCGAACUUGCCAAAGCUCAGACAAAUGUUUAACAUUGCUGACAAGGCCUCUAUGUCCACAAUGAUGGGAACCGCAGCGUAUCUGUGCGAGAACCCGGCGCUCCCCGGAGAAGACAAGGAAUGCCCCAUCACUCUUGCAGCAAUGGCCCAGUUCGUCUCCUCGCAGCUGGGCUCCGAAGUGGAAGCUCUCUCAACCUCAGGCUCCCCUACCGAAGCUCCCCAUCUCAAAGCGCCUGUGAAGAUUGAGACUGUGACAAAGCGAAGUUUGACAGAAGGUGAUCACAUCAUCAUUUGCCACACUAUAAUGUUCCCUUCAGCAUUGUAUUACUGCCAUCACGUUUCUGGAACCAAGGUAGUACAGGCAUCCCUGCGCGCUCAAGACAACAGCGUUAUCCACGCCGUCGGCAUUUGCCAUCUCGACACCAGCAUGUGGGCAUCCGAACACCCAGCGUUCACCGCGUUGAACAUCCCUCGUGGCGCCGAGGCGUGCCACUGGAGCACCCAGAACGACAUGGUCUGGGUAUCGACUGCAACUCAGUGAGCAAUCAAAACGAUUCUGCAUCGUCUAACAAGUGUAAUAAACCAUCGCCAGCGGAGCUCUCAAUUAAGUACCUAUCGCCCAUGGUCGCACAGUUCACGAUUUUGCAGAGGCUGGUGCGCAUUACUGACACGAAGGCAUUUGCAAUGUCUUUGGUCUAGUUUGCUGAUUUCGGAGAGAUGAUAAGCUGUCUGAUUUUCUGUGUUUCUUUUCAGACUGAUUCUCUCCUCUUUAGUUCUUUCGCACAGUCGAGUUAAGAGUUUUGUGCCGAUUUUUGUAGUAAGAAGGGUGGCUCGCUUACAUGGUCGUGUAGCUGCUUGAACUGUGUAGGUAGCUGACCACGAUAUGUGCGCUUGAGUUGGAUAGUGAGGGAGGUUCCUACUAAACAUUUGUAGUCGCAAAAUUUUGGGUUUGGAAUCUUCGGAAGGGGUUGCGUCCUCAUUGGAACUUCCACUUAUCUUGUGUUCCUCCAUACUUCAAGGUUUUUGAAGCAGUCGAAACAAAAGAGGUGUCGUGAGAACUUUCUGUUUUGUGUCAAGUUCCAGUUCCGUAGAAUUUUGAAAGCGUCAAAUUGCGACAAUGAAGACGUCUGUGCAGUGUUGAAUUGCGCUACCUGUCAAACUCACUCUUCUAAGCUCACGAGAUGAUUUUAACAUGCAAAGCUCCAGAUUUAUAUUA